AUGUCGAAGAAAAAAUCUGAGAAAACGGUGACCUCCGUGAAAAGUAAAAAACAAUACAACGAAAAUGCAUGGCAAGAGCUUUUGGAAUCAUUAUCAAUUAAUGACGAUCAUUGGUGGUGUAUCGUAACAAUGAUGAUAGAGACUAAGAGUGAUCAUGCACGAUGUGUGUCGAUGUUUAACGAAGCUGCAGAAGAGGGGAAACGAAAAGCGAUUUAUACUCUGAGCCAUCAGAAAAUGUUAGCUAACGUUAGGUCACUGUCUAGACAGGAUCCAGAUAAAUGUCCAGUUCUACAACGAGUUUGCCAUCAUGCCAACAAGCUACUCGAAGCUAAUAUUGAAUCUACAUGGUUAUUAGCACGCGUUAUCAAAUAUAUGGUCUAUCGUGCUAAAAUAGAAUCGGUGGUUAAAAUCAAGAAGGAACAGGAAUUAAAACGAGCUAUCGAUGAUGAAUAUCAUAUUAUGCAGACUGUUGUUGAUCCAACUACGUUGAGAAGUGUUAAAAAAACGUACAAUCAGUUCUUGAGAGGUAAAGCCAAUACUCGGCUUAGAAUUCGAGAAGAAGAAUGGAGAGACAUAGUUUACAUCGAUGAUGCUCCACUCGACGGACCUAAUCUGUACGUCGUUUUAACGGGUUUUCACGAUCCUGAUCUAUUCGUAGAACUAAUGAACAUUGGUGUACCUAUGACUUGUAUACUCAAGAUAAAAAGACCUGGUGAAACAUUAGAACAUGUUUCGUUAUAUUACAACGAAGAAAAAAAUCAAAAUAUCAAUAGAAUGUGGUUAUCCUUUCCUGAAACUUAUACCGUCGAUAAAGUCGAUCUUUAUAAAUUCUGGACAUCAUUGAAAAACACUUUAAAAGAUCCACAAGCCAUUCAAGUAUUUUCAAACGUAGCAUUUCUUACUUACAAGCCACCAUUUUUGGCAGAGACAUUUGAUGACUUUGAAUACAAAAUUCUCAAGAAGGAUAUUUUCGAUAAAAUAUCCUUUAUCGUGUACGAUCUUUACGAUCUUCUUCGAAAGCAUUCCAAUUACCUUAGAAGCAUGUUAAUCCAGCGUUACGACAUCGAUGAGAAGGAAGAAGCUGAGGCUAACGUCUACCGUGCAAUUCUCGAUGCUCUACCAACGGAAUGCGUCACCGUGCCAACAUUACUUAAUGCUCUUUUACUGCAGGUCGAAGCCAACUUAGACGUCCUGGUAGAUCGAUCGUUCCAAGAGCAAAAUGUUCCAGCAAAGGAAAAUGUCGUCGAAAAGGAAAAGAACGAAGAAGAGGAAGUGCCAGUUGAGAGUAUCGAUGACGAUGAAGAUACGUGGGUUAGAAAAAGAGUCAAAAAUUUAAACGAAAAGUACAAAGUUAAAACGUAUAAAAAUAUAGUAGAAGAGAAUUUCAACGAAUUGCCAAUCGAAUUGAUUCUUCACGGAGACAAAUUGACUCUGAAUACUCGUCACAUUAAUUUGGAUAAUAAUAUCAAAAUGAUGUUGAAUCUAUCCGAUGACAUGACCUUGGCUGAUUCAAUUUUGCAAGUUUAUCAAGAUCCUAGAAUAGUCGAUUGUUGGUUACAUCAUGAAGAAUUAACAGAAACCAAAAUGAAGGAGUACGAUUGCUAUGUCAAUAAUAUAAUCAAAUACUUUGAUUCCAGUGUUCAAAUCUGUCGAGAGAACAUAUUUCAUUAUUUGCAUUUUUUGAUCUUCGACAAGAUGAUCUAUGGCAAUCAAUUCAAAGAAAAGGAUGAAAAAAUUGAAACGCUAUCAAUUAUUUCUCCUUCAGAAUCUCCGCGUAGAUAUUCAACGUAUCCUUCGUUGUUUUUGCCAAAAGAUAAAAAAAAGAAGUCAAAAUUCUUUUCGAAAAGCGACACUGAGAUAGACUAUGGAAAGGCCGUGGCUGCGUUCUUGAGUUGUCCAAGUCUCUUUGGACUCACCGAUAUAAGGGAAGUUUUGUUACCGAGUUAUUUGGAGAAGAAUGUCUUCGAGGAAAGAAAUAAAAGAAUGCAAAGAAUAGAAGAACCACUUGAAGAAUACGAUGAUGUCGAGUUACUUCCAAAAAAGAUUCUUCUACAAACCCUUUACGAAUGCUUCCAAAAUUUCGAACGUUUCGAAAAAAGAUAUUUUGAACCGACGGAUUCUAUAUUAUUGUAUUUCAGUAAUGAUUAUGUAAUAGGUGAUGUAUCCGAACGUACGACCGUAUCUAUCUUACGUACACCAGUUUGUCUACGAGAUUUCGUUAAGACGGAAGUAAAGGGUGAGAAAAAUAUUCUCAAGGAUAGUAAGAAAAAGAAAGGUGGUAAAACGUUGAGCGAAAAUAUCUCGUUGAAAGACAGAAAACAGAAAACGAACAGAGAAACAAAUGAAAUCGACACUUCCUUUUUACCUCGAAGGAAGAUCCUAUCUUUCGAAUCUGCCAAAGAAGAUGAACCUCACGAGUUCAUAGGGUAUGACCUCGGGAACUUGCGAGUUCAGAUAGUCGAGAAAAGUAAGAUCUUCAAUUCGAAGGAUGGUACGUUCGUACAAGUGAAUCUCGAGACUUGGUUUUACGAGAAGGUGGAUUUACGUAUUGCUAUUACCCUUGUUGGUUGUACCCUACGUUUGUUCGAAAAACUCAACGAUCGUAAAAUGUCGAACGUUUUUCAUGUUACCACAAACAAAGGGAUCGUUCUUGCUUUUUCCAAAAAUAUCGAUACAACUCCGAACGAGUUCUAUUGGAAGAAAUUGGAAUUUGAUUUUCAUGCCUCUUGGCCAUCAGCCAGUCAUAUAUUUCUAAAGCACCUGAAGACGUUAACCGAGAAGCUUAUCGAAAGUUUUUAA